AUGGCAACUCAUCAAAUUAUAAUUUUUUGUUUACUGCUUUUUGCACCACUACGGAAUUCACAAAACACGCCGACACCGAGAGCUCAAGCAGAUUUGGUUAAUGGAUUGCCCAACACUAUUUUUCAGGUAAAUUUCAAACAAUAUGCAGGAUACCUAAACUCAAAUCCAGAGAAAAACUACAAUAACCUUCAUUACUGGCACAUCGAAUCGCAGCUCAAUCCAUCCAGUGACGCACUUCUGCUAUGGAUCAAUGGUGGACCGGGUUGCAGUUCAGUCCUCGGUCAAUUCCAAGAAAUGGGACCAUUCCAUGUUCAGAGUGACGGUCAAACAGUAUAUGAAAACGUGUUCGCCUGGAAUAAAGUGUCCAACUUGUUGGCUAUCGACGCUCCUGGUGCUGGUUUCUCCUGGAUGGAGAAUCCAAAUCAUGUUCAGGAUGAUAGCUAUGUUACUAACGCUUUGAUGAAUGCUCUCUUUGAUUUCUACACUGUGUAUCCGAACUUGCAAAAAUCUGAUCUCUACAUUGCCGGUGAAGGUUAUGGAUCUUUCUUUGCGUCUGGUCUUGUUCAAUCUCUACUUGUUAAUAACGUUCCCCGACCAGAUAUUGUUGCAUCUCCAAUCAAAGUUCGAGGUCUCCUUCUUGGAAACGGAGAUUUGAGUGCCCGUCACCAAUACAACAGCCUUAUUCCCUUCUACUUCACUCACGGAUUUGCUGGUUCUAAACAAUACGAUGAUCUGAAAACAGUUUGCUGCCCAAACGCGUCCACCCAAAACUGCGACUUCUAUAACAGUAACGCAGCUUGCAGAGCCAAAGCUGACAACGCAAUUGCCACUUGGUCGAAUAAUCAAAUCGACAACUGGAACAUCAAUGAAGACUGCUACAGAAAUAAGGCUGCCUGGAGUACAUCUUUCAAACAACUCGGAGUCAAUGCUGCUGUGAACAACUACAACUCAACGGACUCAUUCAACGGCUACCCAUGUUUUGCGAUUUCUUCAACAUCCGCAUAUUUCAACCGACCAGAAGUUCAAGCAGCACUCCAUGUCAGCGUAAAUGCAUCAACCAACUUCCAGUCAUGCAGAAAUGUGACAUAUCGAACUCUUUCUAACGAUUUGCUAACCCAAAUCACCUCAAUCAUCAACACCAAUACCUAUGUGACUAACAACAUGAAAAUCAUGAUUUACAACGGAGACCUGGACAUCUGGAGCAACUUCAUCGGAGCUCAAAGAUUCGGACAAGAAGUUGCAGCAGCCCUGAACCUGAACAUGACAGAAGACCGUAUCUGGAGACACAACUAUGAUUCAGCUGCUUUUGUUUGGAUGGAUGGGGGUGUCAUCACAAGUUAUACCAGCAAUCUACAUGUCGCAUCUGUCAGAGGCGCCGGCCACUUCCCUCCACAAACUCGACCAUCACAAUCAUUGCAACUUUAUCGCGAUUUCGUAUUAGAUCUGUUUUUCAACAAUUGCCUCAGCCGAGUUAACAAAGUUGCGGCUCCGCUAGUGCCUCCUUAUCAACAAAAAUUCGGUCAGAUUUCCCGUCAACAGGCUGAUAAGAUUGUCAGUUUGCCAGGACUCACUUAUCAAAUCAACUUCAAUCAAUACUCGGGAUACUUGAACGCUUCAGACACUCAUAAAUUCCACUAUUGGUUUGUGGAGUCACAAAAUGAUCCAGCGAACAGUCCAGUGCUCCUUUGGCUUAAUGGAGGACCAGGAAGUUCAUCGCUAUGGGGAAUGCUCACCGAAAACGGACCUUUCCGACCAAACAAAGACGGACAGACAUUGUAUGAAAAUGUGCACUCAUGGAAUAAGUUCGCAAAUGUUCUCUACCUCGAAAGCCCCCACCAAGUCGGAUACUCUUACUCCACCGUUACCAACGACUAUGUCUACGGAGAUGACUUAACCGCUUCCGAUAAUUAUAACGCUCUUAAGGACUUCUUCACGAAUCUUUUCCCGAAUUACGCUCAAAAUCCAUUCUACAUCACUGGAGAGUCUUACGGAGGAGGUAUUGCUAUCGGAAACGGAGAACUUACCACCAAACUUCAAGUCAACUCUGCCAUUUUCCAACUCUACACAUACGGACUUUUUGGAGAGACUGAAUACAACGCACUCACUGCUCAAUGCUGCAAAAAUGUGACCGAUCCCACACAAUGUGAUUUCUACACGCCAUACAUCUACUUUGAUUACCUUGGAAACUACAAGGCAGUUGAUGGAGCUGAUCCUUUCUGUUCUAAGACUAUACUUGGAGUUGUUAACGACCAAGUUUGGAAUACUGCCAAUAACCCAUACAAUAUCUAUGGAGACUGUUACACCACAUCUGCUAGUUCAUCCUCUUUUUCUACAAGCAACAAACAAAACAGAGCGGCUGUUGUUAGUGGAAGAGAUAACGCCCAACUUUUGAAUCUUGACUCCUCCGACCCAUUCAAUGGUUUCCCAUGCUGGAGUACUGACGCUACAACAACGUAUUUGAAUAGAGACGAUGUUCGCAACGCACUUCACAUCCCAUCCACUGUUCAACAAUGGCAAUCUUUCAAUGAAACCGUCAAUGCGCAACUCUACAACCGUAGUUACUUUGAGCUGGAUGAUGUUCUCAGCAGAAUCAUGAAAAGCUAUUACUACAAACAAAACAACAUGAAGAUUCUGAUCUACAACGGAGAUGUUGAUAUGGUUUGUAACCAUCUUGGAGACCAAUGGCUUAUUGAGCAACUUGCAAGCAACAACGGACUAAAGACUGUCACCCCGCGUCUUCCAUGGAACUAUGUUAUCGCUGGACAGAACUAUUUGCCACAGCUUGCUGGAUAUGUCAAGGUAUUCGACUCCAACCUCAACCUUGUCACUGUCAAGGGAUCUGGUCACUUGGUACCACAAGACCGUCCAGGACCAGCACUCCAAAUGAUCUACAACUUUAUCAAUGGCAUCAACCUGAAUACCACAUUCCCAUACACGUUGCCAGCGUCACCACUUCUUCCAACAUAUAGUGAUCUGAAAGGGUGUCAAGCUCCUGAAUACCCAACUGCUCAAUCGCUCCCGACUCUUCCACCACUUCCACCACUUCCUCCAGGUCUUACCUACCCGCCGAUGGCUGCUGAAGAGAAGAUUGUGAAGCCGGACCCAGCUCAAUUCAUGAACACCAAUCCAAAUGUGCCAACUAACUUGACAGCUGAUGCCACAGCGGAUAUGAUUCAAAACUUGCCAGGAUUAACAUUCAAUGUCACUUAUCGUAUGUUCUCUGGAUACUUGACUCCCGAUGAAGCGCCUAUGAAUCAUUGGUUCUAUUGGUUUGUGGAAUCUCAAAAUGAUCCUGUGAACGAUCCUGUCGUGUUAUGGUUGAACGGUGGACCGGGUUGCAGUUCUCUCGGAGGAUUCUUUACUGAGUUGGGUCCAUUCCAUCCAAACGAUGAUGGAGGUCAAACUCUUUAUGAGAAUGUGUUUUCAUGGAACAAGAAAGCAAACGUGAUCUUCCUUGAGUCACCAGCCAAAGUUGGAUUCUCAUACACAGAUGACCCGAACUACUACUGGAGUGAUGACACCACCGCCCAAAACAACGGAUACGCUAUUAAGGCCUUCUUCACAAAGAAAUUCCCGCAAUACGCUCAAAACCAAUUCUUCAUCACAGGAGAAUCUUAUGGUGGAGUAUACUGUCCAACUUUGACUUUGAAUCUUAUCCAACAAAUUGAAGCGGGUAUUCUUAACUUGAACUUUAAGGGAACCGCUGUUGGUAAUGGUAUUCUUAGUGAGUACUUACAAACGAACUCUGAAAUUAUUCUUCAGUAUGGACGAGGUUUUAAUGGGCUGGAUGAAUGGAACAAUCUCAAAACCGCAUGCAACUUGACCAACACCAACCCUAUCUACUUUGAUUAUGACGGUGCCCACUAUGGAACUGCUUGCUACAAUGCAGUCGAUGCCAACCAAAACAAAUUUUAUGGACAGGAUGAAAUCAAUGGAGACCCGUACAACAUGUAUCAAGACUGUUAUCUCUACAACAACCAAGGAUCAUGGCAAACGCCAACUUCUAGUUUUGAGAGUAGACCGGGAUCACGUAGAGAUCGUGCCAGAAAGGCACUUAUCAACCGCAGAAAAUCAUUUGCCUCCGCUAAAUUCUCAAAUUCCAAUGACAAAAACUGGUAUGGAUCCACUGACGCUUUCCGAGGACUCAACUGUUUUGGUGGUGACGCUUUGGUUAAUUACUUAUCUCGAUCCGAUGUUCAAGAUGCCAUUCAUUCUAGAAAACAACCGCUCUGGGUGGAUUGUGCUGAUGAGAAUCCAGAUAAUCACUUCAGAUAUCACACGCAAGAAAAGUAUUAUGAUAUGCAGGACACCAUCAGUGCUAUUAUGGAUUCUCAAUGGUAUUCUAAGAAUAACAUGAGAUUGAUGUUUUAUAACGGAGAUGUUGAUACUAUUUGCCAGUUCCUUGGAGACCAGUGGUUGAUUGAAGAUCUUGUGACAAGGAGGAAUCUCACAGUCACUUCCCCCCGCCAACCUUGGUUCUACCAACAAGGAAGUCAGUACGCUACUACUAUUGCAGGUUAUGCAAAGUCGUGGACCCAAAACUUGGUUCAACUUACUGUCAAGGGAUCCGGUCACUUUGUACCAUCCGACCGACCAGCUCAAGCCCUCCAGAUGCUCACCAACUUCCUGAACAACGGCGCUAACUACAGUACACCAGCUAACAUUAAUGUCACACCGCAGCCAGUAUUCACCACUAACCCAACACCACCAACUGGUUGCACAACUGGCCAAACCGAUCGAAUUCUCAACCUGCCAGGACUUCCAGCUGAUAUGCAGUUCAAGCAGUACUCUGGAUUCUUGGAUGGACUAUCCGGACACAAAGUUCACUAUUGGUUGGUCGAGUCUGAGAACAACCCAUCUAGCGAUCCAUUGCUGCUCUGGCUGAAUGGAGGACCUGGAUCUAGUUCCUUGAUGGGCCUCUUUGAAGAAAAUGGUCCGUUCCGUGUUAGCAAGGAUUCCAUGACACUUUCUCGUAACCCAUACUCAUGGAACAAGUUUGCCAAUGUUUUAUACUUGGAAAGCCCAAUUGGAGUGGGGUACUCUUAUGCUUAUAACAACACCAACAUUCAAUAUGAUGAUGUGACGACCGCACAAGAAAACUACGCUGCUCUCAAAAGUUUCUUUGCCGCUUAUCCACAAUACACCACUUAUGACUUCUACACCACCGGAGAGUCGUAUGCAGGAGUUUACCUCCCAGGACUCGCCGCUCUUUUGGUUCAAGGUAUCAAAUCAGGUGAUAUCAACAUCAACUAUAAGGGAGUCUCUAUUGGAAACGGAGUGAUUGACAAGAAGACUGAUAUGAACUCUCAACUUCAUUACCAAUAUUAUCACGGAGGAAUCUCUGCGACAACAUAUCAAACCGCUUUGGCACUUUGCUGUUCUGGUGAUGAGUUUAAAUGCGGAUUCAGUGAUCGUAUGACUAACUUCAAUAAUUCGAUUCCAUGGGGAAAUUUGAGCGAUCCAUGUUAUGACUUUGUGGUGUCUACUGGAGCUAAUCUUCUCCUCAAUGCAUUUGACCCAUACAAUGUCUACCAACAGUGUUGGACUAUCAAUUACAACGACACCACACCAAGAACCCCGUAUGGAGAGACUUGGACCGGAAUCAACUAUGAGUCAUCCGAUGCACUGAAUGGAUACCCAUGCUAUAUGGAUGAUGCAAUGGAAAAUUAUUUGAAUCGUCCAGCUGUGAGAACUGCAUUGAACAUUCCUGCCUCUGUGCCUUAUUGGGCUGCUAACAACGCUAUCAUCAAUGCCUACAACCAACAAGUUGACAGCAUCACCGCAAAUCUUCAAAUCAUUAUGACAAACGCACCUGCCAAUUUCAAAAUGCUGUUGUACAGCGGAGACGCUGACACAAUGGUUAACUGGCUGGGAGCUGAAAUUUUCACAGCUAACAAUUUUGGAACUUUGGGAUUGACAACAUCCAGUGCUAGAGCUCAAUGGACUUAUCAAAUUGACCAGACAUACCAACCAACCGUAGCUGGAUAUCAGACUUCUUAUACUUCAAAUUCAAUCAAUAUUGAUGUUUUGACAGUGAAGGGAUCCGGUCAUUUUGUGCCACUUGACCGACCACAACAAGCUCUUCAAAUGAUUUACAAUUUUGUGAACUCAAGAGCAUACAGUACUCCUUAUGGCUCGACCGAACCCACAACUACAACCCCUACAGGAACACCUGGAACUGGCCCUACAGUUGCUACAGAUGCUGGUACCACUGUAACAACAGCUCCAGCAUCCCCAUCUACAGGAGCCACCGGAAGUACUGCAACAACAGCUCCAGCAUCCUCAGCUACAGGAGCCACCGGAAGUACUGUGACAACAGCUACAGUAUCCCCAGCUCCAAAUGCUACAGGAGCUACCGGAUCAACUGUAACAACAACUACAGUAGGAUCUACCACUGGAGGAGAUGAACAAAGAAACGUGUUGCCAAUUUUCGCAAUUAUUUUUGCAAUUUUGUUUUUGAACUAA